GCAGAACCCGCCCGCCCCGGUGUAAUGUGGAGGUCUGGGCAGUGGAUACAUUUGGCUGCUUUACUGUGUCAUCGCGGCUUCUUCCGCGGUCUUCUCGGACCCGACGAAACUUUUCUGCAGGAAGUUCAAUUUGAGUCGCUGCCGAUGACUUCCAAAAAAAACAACAACGUGGCGUGUUGUUCCCCUUUUUUCGGUUUCUCCGUUUGUUGAUUGACACACGUGGCGCGUCGUUCACGUCCUUAUCCUACUCAUUUUAAUGUACCCUAGUUGGGAAGGCCGACGCCCCAUCGACACCAUGUCUCGCCUGGAGUGGGCCGAGGCGCAGCUCGCCGAGCUGGAGCUGCUGACCAGCAUGUUCCCCAGCCGGCGGGAGCUGGAGCUCACGGACCAGCUGGCGGUGGCGCAGCUGAGGGACCGCGCGGAGGGGUCGGCUCCGGCGGAGCGCCCCGCCGCCCUCCGACCCCAGUUUCUCAUCACACAGAGGGUGGAGUCGGCGGGCGCGGCCACGAUCGUCAGUCUUUCCUGCGCUUAUCCGUCUGAAUAUCCCAGUGUGUUACCAGAAAUAACAGUCCGGUGUGCUGGCCUUAGCAGGGCCCAGCAGACGCAGCUCCACACAGCACUCAACACGUACCUUACAGAAAACGGCCAGGGGGAAGUGUGUGUGCUCCUUGCUGUGGACUGGGUGAAAGACAACCUGCAGUUCUUCAUUAAUAAGAGUUUGACAGCAGCACCAGCCCCGAGGAAAGAGCCUUCUCCACGAACGGAGGAAGUGUUCAGCCGACUGUGGAUCUACAGUCACCACAUCUACAACAAGACAAAGAGGAAGAACAUCCUGGAGUGGUCCAAGGAGCUGGGCCUGUCAGGAUUCAGCAUGCCUGGGAAGCCUGGCAUUGUGUGUGUGGAAGGUCCUCAGUCUGCCUGCGAGGAGUUCUGGUCCAGAGUGAAGGUUCUGACGUGGAAGAAGAUCAUGAUUCGACAUAGGGAGGACAUUCCCCUUGAUGGUCAUUGCGAGGACAGCGGGACUGUGGACAGCAUUGAAUCCUUGCGCAAAUUCACAGGCUUUGACGAGGCAAUGUUUGACCCCCAUGGGAACAGAGGCAAUCACAUGGACCUUGGGCAACUUUACCAGUUCUUAAAUGAGAAGGGCUGUUGUGACGUCUUUCAGAUAUAUUUUGGGAUUGAAGGGAGGUAGUGGGCAAACAUAGAUAUGCACAAGAAUGUUUGUUGGGCGUCUUGAAAUCAAAUUAAUUGCUCCUGAGAAUACCAUUCAUUGCUGUUUUAGUUUUUUGUUUGUUGCGUGCAAGCACACAGAUGUAUUGUGAGCUCAUGGUCACAUGAGGCUGAUAACCUGAAAUAAAUUAACCAUCUUUAUUAUAGAAGUUGCUCAGGUGUUACACCAGGGACCUCACUGGAAUAAAAGACAGAAACAACAUGUCUGCAAUUUGAGACAUGCAGUUCUCGCUCUUUGUAGCUAAUGGGUAUAUUUUUCAAAAAGAACCGUUAAAAAGAUGUUUACCUGAGCAUUUUCUCAAGGACCUCAGUUCAAUUUGCAAUUUUAAUACUCCUGCAUGUGCCACAGAUCACAUCUUGCCCUAGGUGUUUCUUCCCUCAAAUCACACCACUGUGUAUCACUAGCAUGGAAUUAUGGGAUUUUCAGGUCUGAUACCACAUUAAUAAUUGGACAACAUAGUCAACAAUAUGUUAGAUAUCUGUUUAUUAAAUCUGUUGGUUCUCUUCUUAUGAAUUAUAGAUAACAUAACUGUGAAAAGUCUCCCAUUUUCUUGGAAAGAUUAUCUGCUUGAUGAAUUGUUCAUAAUUGUGGAUUAUACUCAAGAAAUUAAAAAAAUCUGGUUGACGUGAA